AUGAAUACGAGAGUGGGUGCUCAAGAGGAUGGUACAUCCUCUGCACCUCCUGUGCCACCACAUAGGGUUAACAUACCUGAUGAGGGUCUAGGCCCUCUGAUGGAAGCAAUAAUUGGAGCGUUUCAGUAUAUUGUUGGUGCUAACUCUACUCCUGCACUUGCCAAUCAUGUGCCUGUGAAUUGUGGUUUGCCACUUAAACGUAUUCGGGUUUUUAGGAGGAAGUUCUUGGGCGAGCAGUAUAUGGAAGAUCAUAAACAGGAAUUUUUAGACCUUUUGCAAGGUGGUUUGUCUAUGGCUGAUUAUGAGGUAGAGUUUGUGCGCCUUAGUCAGUAUGCUCUUGAAAUGGUUUUGAUUGAGAAGGAUCGCUGUAAGAGGUUUCGUUUUGGGUUCAAUCGAGAGAUCCGGGUUUACUUGGUGACCCAAAAUAUUGAGUUAUUUGGUGAGCUAGUGGAAAAAGCCAAAGUUGUUGAAGAGACUUUGGUUGAGCCAGCUCGUUUUAUAGUAGUUGAGACUGGUAAGAGGGCUUCUGAUGGUGCUUCUGGACAAUCUCCCAAGAGAGGGCAAGAUAAGUAUAGUAUUGGUUCAAGGCGUCUUGGAGAGUGUCAUAAAUUGACAGGUGGUUGUUAUAAGUUUGGUUCGAAAGAAAAUUUUCUGAUGGAUUGCCCAAAUAGAGUUGAGGUUUCACAGACUCAGAAUUUGGCACCUAUUUCUACGCUUGCUAGGGGCCGAGGUCAUGGUAGAAGUAAUGGGAAAUCGGUUGGACUACGAAUUGUUGCUCACAUUGUUGCUUCGCAAGUUGAGCCUGGAGGUCUAGCUCUAGUUUAUGUUGUUAGGGGACCUGAGGAUCAAGUGGGUGAAAGACUGGGAUUCUUGUCUAAUGUGGUUUUGGCUUUGAAAGCUGAAAAAUUGAUGGGGAAAAGUUGUGAAGCUUACUUAGCUUAUAUGGUGAACUCGAUUAGUAAGGAGUUGAGAGUUCAGAAUGUCCGAACUAUUAGGGAGUUUCCUGGCGUGUUUCCUAAAGAGUUAUCUGGCUUACAUUCGGAACGAGAAGUGGAGUUUGAAAUUGAGCUUUAUAUUGGUACUAUACCGAUGUCCAUUGCAUCCUAUCGCAUGGCACCAAAAGAGCCCAAGGAGUUAAAGAUUCAAUUGUACAAGUUGUUGGAUAGAGGGUUCAUUCGAUCGACUGUAUCUCUAUGGGGUGCACCGGCUUUCUUUGUGAAGAAGAAGGAUGAUCCAUUGCAUAUUGUGCUAGUAGAGGAGAUCAAGGUUCGACCUGAUCUCACUUAUGAUGAGGAACUAAUGGAGAUUUUAGCUCGUGAAGAGAAGGUUUUGCGAAACAAGAGGGUUCCAUUGGUUAAGUAUUUGUAG